AUGGACUACGUCGAGCAGCGCAUGGCCCAGGAGGCCCAGAGAGCCGCCGCGAGCCCGUACGGCGAUGCCUUCAUCACACCUCUGAACGUCCUCCUGCUCUCACUCCUAGGCUACACCCUCUACGCCUUCCUCAAGCCCACGGUGACUACCGUACUCCCCAAGGAGCCACCUGCCACCGUCUUCCGCACCUUUACCCCGCGCACCUUACUCCCUUACAAUGGCGAGAACGGCAACCCCAUCUACUUUGCGGUCCGCGGCCGCGUCUUUGAUGUCACGAGCGGUGCCAACUUCUACGGCCCUGGCGGGCCCUACGAGAACUUUGCCGGCAGGGAUGCGUCCCGUGGUCUGGCUUGCGGCAGCUUCGACCAGGACAUGCUCACCGAGGAUCUCGACGGCCCUCUCUAUCCCUUGGACAAGCUGCAGCCCGACGAGCUGGAGGCACUGCAGGGUUGGGAGGAUCAGUUCUCGUCCAAAUACCUUGUCGUCGGGAAGCUGGUUCCCGUUGGCGAGGAGGAAGACUAG